AUGGAGCCCCCUUUGAGCAAGAGGAACCCGCCAGCGCUGAGAUUAGCGGAUUUGGCAACGGCUCAGGCCCAACAGCUUCAGAAUAUGACAGGCUUCCCAGUGCUGGCCAGCCCGCCCGCCCACUCCCAACGCCGUGCGGUCGCCAUGCACCUCCACCCGCGGGACCUAAGCACUGACCCCGGCGUGGCCAGCACUGCGUUCGGACCGGAGCACAUGGCACAGGCCAGCGGGCACGGCCCCAGCCCUCCCGCCCAGGAGCUCCCCGGGCUGCCCGAGGCUCCCGCACCAGCCGCCCGCUUCGCGGCCUCAGGGACGCACCCCGGCGCCCGCACCCACCCCGACGGCGGGGGCAGCAGUGGCGCGCAGGCCUCGGCGCCCCCGCCUCCAGCCCCUCCUCUUCCUCCCUCCCAGUCCUCCUCUCCCCCUCCCCCGCCUCCUCCUCCUCCUGCCCUCUCGGGCUACACUGCCACCAACAGUGGCGGCGGCGGCAGCAGCGGCAAAGGCCACAGCAGGGACUUCGUCCUCCGGAGGGACCUUUCCGCCACGGCCCCCGCGGCGGCCAUGCACGGGGCCCCGCUCGGAGGGGAGCAGCGGUCCGGCAGCAGCUCCCCCCAGCACCCGACCCCGCCUCCCCACCCGGUCGGGAUGUUCAUCUCGGCCAGCGGCACCUACGCGGGCCGGGACGGCAGCGGCUCCGCGCUCUUUCCCGCGCUGCACGACUCUCCCGGGGCUCCCGGCGGCCACCCACUCAACGGCCAGAUGCGGCUGGGGUUGGCGGCCGCCGCGGCGGCUGCGGCCGAGCUAUACGGCCGCGCAGAGCCACCCUUCGCUCCGCGCUCAGGGGACGCGCACUACGGGGCGGUGGCGGCCGCGGCGGCCGCCGCCCUGCACGGCUACGGAGCAGUGAACUUAAACCUGAACCUGGCUGCGGCAGCGGCGGCCGCGGCCGCCGCGGGGCCGGGGCCCCACCUGCAACACCAUGCGCCGCCCCCGGCGCCACCACCGGCGCCCGCGCCGCACCCGCACCACCCCCACCUCCCGGGGGCGGCCGGGGCCUUCCUGCGCUACAUGCGGCAGCCAAUCAAGCGGGAGCUCAUCUGCAAGUGGCUGGACCCCGAGGAGCUGGCCGGGCCGCCGGCGCCCGCGGAUAGCGGCGUCAAGCCCUGCUCCAAAACUUUCGGCACCAUGCACGAGCUGGUGAACCACGUCACAGUGGAGCACGUGGGCGGCCCGGAGCAGAGCAGCCACGUCUGCUUUUGGGAGGAAUGUCCACGCGAGGGCAAACCCUUCAAGGCCAAGUACAAGCUCAUCAACCACAUUCGCGUGCACACCGGCGAGAAGCCCUUCCCCUGCCCGUUCCCGGGCUGUGGCAAGGUCUUCGCGCGCUCCGAGAACCUCAAGAUCCACAAGCGCACUCAUACAGGGGAAAAGCCUUUCAAAUGUGAAUUUGAUGGUUGUGAUAGGAAGUUUGCCAAUAGCAGCGAUCGAAAGAAACACUCCCAUGUCCACACCAGCGACAAGCCCUACUACUGUAAGAUUAGAGGCUGUGACAAAUCGUACACCCACCCAAGCUCUCUGAGGAAGCACAUGAAGAUUCACUGCAAGUCCCCCCCACCUUCUCCUGGAGCUCUUGGUUACUCAUCGGUGGGGACCCCCGUAGGUGAUCCUUUGUCCCCUGUGCUGGACCCAACCAGGAGUCGAUCCAGCACUCUGUCCCCUCAGGUGACCAACCUCAAUGAGUGGUAUGUUUGCCAGGCCAGUGGGGCCCCCAGCCAUCUCCACACACCUUCCAGCAAUGGAACCACCUCUGAGUCUGAAGACGAGGAAAUGUAUGGGAACCCUGAAGUCAUGCGGACGAUACAUUAG